GUUCUUACAGUUUCCAACGGAAACGAGAAAAUUUGAUAGAGACCUCCAAAGAAAAGCACCGCUUCAUCAACCCCCGAUUGGCAGCAAAGAGCAACAGGUAAUAAAAUGAACUCAAAAAUCAUUUUAUUAACAGCAUUCGUUGUUAUUACGGUUUAUUGUGAAGCAACAUUUAUCCCAAGAAGGGAAGGAGUUGAUUAUACAGGAACCGAUAUGAUAUUAGAUCCAAAAAAGAGACCGUUUUGUAACGCAUUUACAGGUUGUGGUAGAAAGCGUUCAAACAUUCCACCUUUACCCGAACUUCCGUUUCAUUUUCAAAAACUAUACGGGCAACCCCAACACAAACAACGAAGAAUAUUAGACGAAUCUUUAAGUAACCUAUUGGAAUUAAAUUCCGAACCGGGAUUGGAAGAUUUAUCAAGACAAAUUCUCUCCGAGGCGAAACUUUGGGAGGCUAUUCAAGAGGCUAAUAUGGAAAUUCGAAAACAACAAGACUCAAACGAUAAACAAGAAAUGAUGCAAUUUUAAUUUUUUUCCUUCAAAUUAGGAUUAAAAAAUUAAAAAUAAU